AUGCUGGUGCUGAACUGUUCCAUGAAACUGCAGAUGCUGGAGAAAAUGUUAAUGCAGAACUUCCCCAAAUCACACAAAGUUUAUGGAGCAGUGCUGAAUAUCAACAAAGGAAAUCCCUUCGGGAAGGAAGUGGUGGUGGAUUCGUGGCCAGAUUUCAAAGUUGUCAUCACCAGGCAGCAGAUAGAGAUGUUUAUCCUCCCAGACCCUGACAUGCUGCCAGACAUCAGAACUCAGAUGGACCCUGCACCAAGACUGGCUUACCUUGAUGUCUCUCAUACCAGCCUGCUGAAUGAAACCUGGUCACGGGGAGGCAGCGAGCAAUGCCGGUACAUUGCCAACCUCAUUCACUGCUUCCCCAGCAUCUGCGUGCUAGAUGACAAUAGACACCCUGUCUCCUGGAGUCUGACAGAUCAGUUUGCCACCAUGAUUCACAGUUAUACCCUUCCUGAGCACCGCAGGAAAGGUUAUAACCGUCUUGUUGCCACCAUGUUAGCUAAUAAGUUACAUAGCCAGGGCUUUCCAGUUCAGGGUAACGUCCUGGAGGAGAACAUACCAGCUAGAUCAUUGUCCAAAAGCAUGAACUCUCAAUGUCUGCCCUGCCAAUUUUUCAGACUCAUCCACAUGCCUUUCUGGUUUUUAGCCAGCCCUGACCUAUAGUCUAAGCACCGGUAUAAGUUAUUGGUUUCCUGAGUAUUCACUUACCUCCUCCACUGUACCUAGGUGAAAUAUUACAGCCUUA